ACCAUGGCCUGUUCCGGCACUGCAGAUUCGUAGAACAGAGUAGCGCCGAGUGUGGGAACCAAGCCGAGCGAGGUGCAGAAGAACGGCUGCUCCCGGGCUUUUGACAGUUAUCGAGCGAUGCUGGUAUGGCAGAACCGUGAUAUUGUUUGGGAGGCGGUGAGGUGUCUGAGGUCACUGCCUUCCUGGCCGCUGCCAGCAAGAGGCAAGCAAGCCUCCCCAUGCCCUGGCGAUGGAGGCGUUGCACCGGCAGUCGGGUUCGGAUUUCGAGUCACAUCUGUUCCGCCGCCGUUAGGCAGCGGCUGCUUGACUAGAAGCUCGAGAGCGAAACAUCUGGAUUUCGGGUUAUCAACUGUCGUUGCAUCCAGUAAGCUUCGGUACCUGUGCUCAUCAUCUUGGGGCGGACUUACAAGAAUGCCGAAGAAUCAAACCUGGGCUCAGUUUCUACCAUUUCCUAUCCACAGCAUUACAACAAGUAUCAACAACAAGCAAGUACAUGAUCGCACCCAAAACCCUUAACCCCCAGUCAGAUCCCCAUCACUCCUCCGAAACUUCACCCUACUCUCCCAUAUCCAUCGC